AUGUACAGCUAUAAGGAUGCAACACAGGCCUUGUGUCCUAAAAUGGGCGUCCCUCCUCCCAGGCUCUGGAGCCCUUCCCUUCCCCAAAGGGAGGGUGGGGCUGGCGCGUGCCGGUGGGGGAGCCCCUCUGGGCAGCUCGCGCCUUGCAGCAGCCACUCGCCCGGUCAGUCAGCGGCCCGAGGCAGCCGCCUUUCCCAUCCCGGUUCGCGUCGAGGAGGGGGAAACUGGAGAACUAGGUCAUCCUGGCCCUCUUCCCGAAGCCGACCCUCCCGGCCGUCGCCUGCCGGUCUCCAGCCGCGCGGGGCCGCCGGAGUGGCCGGGCAGGUGCCUGCGCCGCGGUGCUGUGCCCGCCCGCUGCCCUUGCCCACGCGCUCCGCCCGUCCUGCGGCGCCGUUGGCCCUCCCACCACCCCCUCGGCGGGGCCCUUCCCUUUACUAUGGUAAUGGUGACAUUCAGCGGGAAAGGCUAGCGCGGACCGCAGCGCCCGGCUCCCGCGCCGCGGGAGGCUCGGUCGGCGGAGCGGGCUGCGGCGGCCGGGCAGCAGGCGCGCUCGCCCGGGCCCCGGCCCCCCGGCCCUCCGGCCCUCCGGCCCCCGACCGCCGCGGGGCUAGCCCCGAGCCCCGGCCUCGCUGGCUCCGCGGGCUGCGCGCGAGCCCCGGCCGCCCCGGCUCCCGCGCGGGGCGAGGACGCAUCCGGCGCUUCGGGAGGGAGCCUGCCGCCGCGCUCGUAUAUGGCAAAGUUUCUCGCCGAGCUCCUGGGCUGCACGUUGCCGAGCAAGGGCGCCUCUCCCAUGUUCGAGUCCAAAAGUCACUCCCGAGUCGGCCUGAAAUCAAGCACGAAGCAAAAGGUAAGGAUACUCCCAGAAACAAGGUAUUUUGGAAUUUUCAUUUACUUUGCUUCUACAAUAGCAAACCUGAAAUGGGAGAAGAAAUCCUUGAAAUGAAAUGGAACAAGAGAGAUUCUGGAAACCCAGUGACAGAAGCUGAGAAUUUCUCAUGGCUUACAAGCAAUUCUGAAAGCAAGACCUCCAUUUUCAGCACAUUGGCCAGCGAAAAGUCCUUCUCUGACUGCAAAAAGGUAAGUUGGCCUCCAAGAUUUCUAACCUGCUGUCAGAGUACUAAAAGGCUUCAGAGUUGAUGACAUUCAAUGGAAAAGCUAUGGGAUCAAUGAGAAUGUCCUGGUGACAUGUUGUAGCUCCCUUUCUUCAGAGAUGGCAAUUUGAAUGGUUCUCUUUAAGGAUGUGGAAAACUCUGUUAUCAUUUGACAGCAUUUUGUUAUAAAGCAGCUCUGGUUGCAUAUAUUUCUAUCUUGCUAUUAUCUGACAUUUCAUUCUGCAAGAUGAGCAUCAAGGGAGUCCAGGACAAGCUGCAUUGCAGGCAUCUAUAUCUUUGUUUCCAAAUUUAAAUGUAAUAAACAUAAACUCAACACAGUAUAAAAAUGGUUUUGCAUUUUGAAAGCUGAUCAUAUAGCAUAAAAAUCUGGUUUGGAUUCACCACAGUCAAGUUUGAGAAGCUGUCAUGCUUUGCAAAAGGAUUAGCCUCGCUAGCAUCUGAUGGAAGACGUUCCUGUAAUGGAUCAUGUCUGGAGACUGCCUGCUAUAGCAGUAGCAGCGUGUCUAAUUCCUGGCCUUCACAGUCCAGGGGGCACUUUUAUCUGCCUCUUUAAUCUCAGGUUUAACUAGAUCUUCUCCUUCUUGAGGGGAAAGAAGCGAUUUCACAGUCUGAACAACUCAAAUAAAUUCUUUGACACUACCUAUUGAUAUGGAAAACCAGGUGCAUAAAGAGUUGACCUGUGCCUCAUAUAUUAGUAACUUGGCAUUUCUUAGGGUUUUAUAUCAUGACGUUGUUUUCCUGUGCUGGUUUUGCUUAUGAAUUUACUUGAUAUGGAAAUAGGUAGCUGGGAUCUUCAUCUUUAAAGCUGAUGUGAGAAUCCACUAUUCUGAAUGCCAUCCAUUUCAUUAUCUUGAUAGUUAUUUAUUGCCUAUUAAAUCUCCAUCUUGAUUGAGUUCUGCUGUGUUCGUCUUGGUCUGGCUGUCUGAGAGUAAGGUCCGUGUCAUAUUCUUAACAUUAUGGAUCCUAGAGGAUGAAGGGACUUCAGGGCUUCUCUAGUCUCCCCUUUCUCCCAGAGUGGGACUGCCAUUGAUAUCAUAUAAAGAUGGACUUAGCCUCUACCUUGAUACUCUAUUGACAGGGAACCCAAUGACUCUGACUGUUCACUUGUGAGACAAAUCAAACUAUUAGAGGGUUCUUCAUUUUACUGAACCAUUAUCUGUCUCCUUUUGAUUUCUAAGUUUUAAAGUAUGAAGGCAGUUAAUAUGCUUUCUUCUGAAUCUUCUCUUCAGCUCACCUAUGGGUUAAUGAUUUUCCUUCUUUAUUUCUAGUAGAAUAUUGUUAUAAUUGAUUUCCAAAAUCAUAGACUGCUGGGAUCUGUCUGUCUGGUUUCAAAACUUGGCUCUGCUACUUACCAUUUAUGUGACCAUGGGUUAGUUACACAAGCUAUCUGUGCCUCACUUUUAUCAUCUAUAGAAUAGGGAUAAUAAUUCUAUCUACUUCACAUGAUAGAUGAGUAAUAUACAUAAAGUGUUUAGAACAGUGUUCAACACAUAAUCAAUGCUCUAUUAGGUAUUAUUAUUAUUAUUAUUAUUAUUAUUAUUAUUAUUUCUAGACCGGGUAAUCCUUUUUUGUUUUGCAUACUCUUUGUUACCAAUGUCAAAAAUUAUGUAUUAUUCUUCAGUUGUGGUCAGUUUGGCAAAAGCACUUUGAGACUUUUCACUCUUCAUUCAGCAGCUUUGUUUACAUACUUGGUGUAUACCAGGUACAUCGUCAGACAUGGGCUAUGAUGCAAGGACAAUCUACAGGCUUUCUUUUGUGUAGCACUAAUGGUCUAGUAACACGGUGUAAGAUGGCAUCAGUUUCUAUUUAUCAGUCAUAUCCCUCUGUGGGCCUUUUGAAGGGUGAAGUCCUUGUUCAUGCUCUUAAGAUAUUUUCACAUGAGCUACAUUAAAACAUGACUCUCUUAUAAAUUUAUAUAGAUGAGUCUUUGAGUAUGAAUAUAGGCCAUUAUGUUUAUUUUAUUCAUUUUUAUAAUUUUGAUCAAUCCAGAUAAUUUUAAAACCCAGUUCUGUUAUCCAACUUAUUUACUACCUCUCUCAGUUCUGUGUCAUGCACAAAGUAGCAUAGUCUCUGUGACUGUGCUUUCAUUCAUCCAGCCAGUCAGUUACCAAGUGUUCACUGAGAACCUGCUAUAUGUUUUGAACUGGAAUAUCAUGGUGAACAAGUUACGUAUGAUCUUUUCCCUCAUAGAAUAUAUACAUAGUUGUUGGACAAGUAAAAUUGUGAUGGAUGAUAUGAUUCUCUUUUUCAGUUGGGAGGUUACAAGAUCUUAUACCAAGAGAACCUAACCUAAUCUAGGAGUCAGGGAAUACUUUCCUGAAGAAGUGGACUUCUUGAAGAUACCCAAAGUAUAAGACCAAAAAAAAAAAAAAAUUUAAAAAUAAAUAAAUAAAUAAAAGCCUGAUAAUGGAGGGCCUUGUAAACCCAGAGUUUGGAUUUACUGAUUUAUUAAAUCUUGGAUUUAUUGAUUUAUUGAUAUACUGAUUCAGGUAACAGGGCCCGGGAGGAAGUUGAUGAGUUCAGAUUGGUAUAUGUCAGGUUUGUAGUGUUUGUAAGAUCUCCAAGCAAAGAUGACCAGCAGGCAUUUGGGUAUGUUGGUUUAUAAUUCAGGAAAACAUUCUAAGAUAGAGAUGUGAAUAUGGGAGGAAUAUGCAUAUAUAGAACGAUUGAGAGAGGAGGAAAGGACAAGAUUGCCUAGGGAAUGUGUGAAGAAGAAUUGAAGAAUGUUUAUAAGAAUCCAGGAGUAUUGGUAUAUAAGGGCUGGGAGAGGACUAUUUCCUGUGAAGUAAAGUGAGAAGAUAGGGCCAGAGAAGCUGGAAGAAAUCAGAAGAAUGUGAUGUCGUAGAAAUCAAAUCAAUAAAAAUAGAAAGUCGUUAAAAAUGAGGUAGUCACAAGUAUAAAAACUGUUGCUGGAAGGUUAAGUAAAAUAAGGACUGAAAAACAUCCCCUAGGUUUAUCGAUAUCCUAGGUCAUUGUUGGUUUUAGUGAGAUCCAAGUGAUGGGUGUAGAAGCCAGGUUACAGUGAGUUUAGGAAGGAGAUAGAAAUGGUAGAGUGUCUUCUUUAAAGGAAAGUGUUGGAAAAGGAAGGAAAGAGGUGAGUAGUUAGUGGGGAGUUACUGGGUUGAGGAAGCGUCUCUUCAGAUGGGGUAGAUUUGAGCAAGCAUGGUUAAGUGCUAGGAAGAAGACAAUAGAAAGGCAAAGAGAUGCUAAAGCACAGCAUUAACCUUAUAUACAUGAAUGGAUACCUCUUGCUGUAAAGUAGCAGGGAAGGAAGAAAGGAUAGAACUCAUAUGGAUAGGAGUUAUGAAAGCAGGGAGACAGAAUGGGGCCAUGUCAUUAGACAACUCUGGUCAAUUCAUCUACUUUUUUGUUGAAUUUUUUGGUGAGAAGGUGGUAUUAUUGUCAACCAACUUUGAGUCUACACAACUAUACUGCUUCCACAGUAUUUAUUUAGCCUACAGAUAUUCCUCUACAAUAUUUUACAUAGUACCAUGCACAUGAUCAGCAAUCUCUGGCUGUCUUGCCUGUUCAGUUGGGGUCUGUUUUAAUAAAAUUACUCUCAAAUCUGUGUCUCAAGUAAUGAAAUCUCUUCUGAACCCUAGAUCUGUGUUGUUGAUUAACUAGAGAUCUUUUUCACCAUGGUGUCCCAUAGACCAUGUUUUAAUGUAAACAAAUUUUUUACACAUAUUCUCUCUCAUGCUGAACUUUUCUCUCUUCUAGUCACCACUCCAGUUAAUGGCUUUACCAUUCCAAGCUAGAAACCUCAGUGUCAUCCUUGAUUUCUCCUGUUCCUUUAUUUUCCACAUCCAACUAGUUAUCAAAUUCUGUAAAUUCCAUUUUUAGAUGCCCCUAGAAUCUAUCAUCUCUUUCCUUUCCUUCUUAUUCCUCCUUUGGAAGGUUGUAAUAACUCCUUCUUUGCUCCUUUCUUACACCAAGUCUUCUCUUCUUCAUUCCAUUUUCCAAAACACGGCCAGAGUUACUUUCUAGAAAACAAACAACAAACACAAUUAUUCAUGUCAAAUUUUAUUUAAAAACAUCUAAGGGCUUCAAAUUUUAUUCAAAAUAGACCCCAUACUCCUCUGUAUAACUUGAUAAGUCAUUCCCAUUAUCUUCAGCCGCAUCUCCUGGUAUUCUACUAGGUGCUGGGAUCUGGAGGCCUUGAGCAGACUGCUUCUGAAUGCAAAACUUUUUGAUAACCUUGUGUCUAUGUACAAAUUGUUUCCUCUUCUUGAAUGCUGUCUUCCCUUUCUUGUUUGCUUAAAAACUUAGUCUUCUACGGAGAGACCCCUCACAGCAUCAUUUCCUUUUCAAAGACUUUCUUGGUUUCUCCAGGAAAGAUGAGUGGUUUUAUCUCCUGAGUUCAUAACAUUUUGUACUUACACCAAAGUAUAACACCUAACAACAACCACAAAGCUUGUCAAAUGUUUACCAUAUUCUUGUCCCUGUGAGAAGUGCUUUACAUGGAUUCUAUCAUUUGAUUUUUAUAACAGUCCUCUGAGGUAGGUAAAAUUAUUACUACCAUUUACAGAUAAAGAAAUUGAAGCCUAAUGACAUUAAAGACCUUGUGUGAGAAUAUUCCAGUAGUGGGUGUUGGAGCCAGGAUGUGAAUCCAGGCAGUUUGAUGCCAGGACCAUUGAUUUAGUGUUUUGCUACUUCCUUCUGCCAUUGGAUUCUAAAUACUUAUCUAUGGGUUCAACUUUCCUCUGAACUAUCUUCUCUUAGAGGGGAAGAACAAUGACUGAUUCUGUUAGGAUGAAUAAUACCCCGCUGGUAGUAAGAGCUAAUAAAGUUUUAUUGAGUGAAUGGAUUUGCUGGAUACAUGACUGUCCAUUAGUGUAAUAUUCUGGGACUAUUUUGUUAAAAAAAAAACAAAAGUUUUUUCCCCCUUUUCCUAGGAGUUGAGAAAAGAAUAUUUACACUCAGAGUUUAUUUUUGAAGACAAUUUCUGCACUAAAAUAAGGUAUUAAUGGAUAGCUGGGCAGCAGGAUGUGGAUUGAAGUGUUUCGUGAAAGAUAGCAAAUACCCUACCUCCUAACCACUACCACUCUUUAAUUUGGAAAACCUAAAAACAUUUAGGGAAUAUAUAUGAAUCCAUUCAUUCAUUCAUGAUUAUUUAUUGAGUUCCUCCUGUUGCAAGGCUGUUGUUAUUGUUAAACAUGUUAUAGAGGAAAGAUGAAUAUGCCAAGAUAUGAAGAGACAUAACUCUAGGACAUGUAUUAAAUCAAAGUAGACUCUUAUAAGAUAGGCAUAAUUUAUAUCUUCUGAUUUCUUUCUUCUAUAACCUCUCUACCCCACACUAUUUAACUAAAGUAGACACAUGGGGGGAUGUGUACUGUGGAACAAGCAGCAGAGAAUGAUCCUCAAGCAUGUUCCAUGUCUCCUGCUACCUGUUUUAUGUUCAUUGAUAUUUAUAUCUUUGUGUCUUGAUACUUUUAAAUCUCUCAUUGCAAGAUAUUUGGACCCAGAUAUAUCAACUCAGCUAUUUUUGUAUAGGGACAUUCUGUCACUGGACUAUUGAACUUCCAAUACUUUAAUUUGAAAUAAUGGAAAAAACAUAUUAUCUUCACCCCUUCUCGGAGGCUUUUUGCUCUGACCCUGACUCCCACCCCUGGUGUAUAGGUCAGAGAUAGGUUAGGGGUGAUGGACGGGUGAGGGUGAUGGAUGGGGCGAGGAAGGGAUAAAAUGAAUCCCAGGGAUGAGUUAAAAUAUUAGAGAUUUCCAUUCACAGAUUACUUGGAAAUGAAAAAUAGGGGUUUUCCGGUUUGGUGUCACAAUGACCUGCUUUAUCCUGUUGUAAUGUUUAUCUAUAUAUGGUAACCUAGAAUCCUAGCCACAAUCCUUGUCUGUAUUCGUACAAUAGGUUCCUCUGGUUAGAGAGUUUAUUUUAAAAAUUCAGCUACCAUUUUGAUAGUUUGUUGUACCAUGGGUGGGGUAAAGCUCCAUUUCUCUCUCUGUAUGUCCCUCUGUUCUCUCUCCCUGGACUUCUGAUAUCUUAACCCAUAUCAAUGACAACUUUUAAAAAAUAGUAUGUUUAGGAAAUGUAUCCUUAUCAUAUAGAAAAUAUUGUUUUUAGAAUAUGUGGGAACCUGAAGGAAACCUAUCUGUUGGUGGCAGCAAUUUGUGGGAUUAUAUGUGGUUGUGUUGACUGUGCUAACUAUGCGCCCUUGGCUUUGACUUGGGCCCAUCCACUAUUACUAAUGAUAUGUGAAUGUGCAGAGCAUGUACCCAUAUUGUCUCUUAGCCCACUGUGUGAUAUUUUUAUUUUUAUUAGACAUAAGUGAUGCUUCUCUCACAUAGGCAAGGUAAUUUUACUUCAGGAAGAGAUAAUUAAGAAUAUAGAAUGUAUGUUGGAAAAUUCGAGUUUUUCAUCAGUGUUGAUGAAUCGGUCUCUGGGUAAACACUGCCCAAGAUAGUAAUAUCAGUAGUUAAGAUAUUUACUCGCAGUUGGUUCCUCAGCCUUGUGAAACUAUACUGUAUCUGGCUUCCUCUUUCAAAGACUAAGACAAUAGCUAGACAGUGUUCAUUGACUUCUACAAAGCUGGCUGCCAAAGUCUCAGCUUUUUGGCAGAAUUUCUGGGCUGGUAGGUCAUGGUGGCUUUUCCCCAUGCCCCUGAGAAAGGGCAUAAGAGCAAAUCAACCCUGUCAGCAUAAAGGAAAUUCCUCUGUCCUCCCCUCUCCACCCCCUGAAAGAUAGAAUCCCAUGUUCUGGAGCAGUCACAAUGAAAGGCAUCAUUUCAAAUAAAUUUAAAUGCUGUUUACUUAAAAACAAAUUUUUUUUUAAUGUUUAGUUUUGAGAGAGAG